AUGGGGCCACUCUGUGCAAUGCCACCUCUGCUGCUCCUGCUGCUGCUGGAGCUGCUGCACCAGGCUGGGCAGGGCCCCCCCGUGCCCCCCAGCCCCCGGGCCUGGGCCCAGCCAUGGGGGGCUCUGUCCCCCGGGGCGGGGCGGGUUUGGUCCCAGGUCACGGUCCCGCAGCAGCUGGGGGGGCUGCAGCAGGAGGCAGCGUCCUACCUGCUGAGGAUUGAGGGGAGGCUGUACACCAUCCACCUGCAGCAGCAUGCCUUUUUAUCUGAUGAUUUCCAGACUUACCUGUCCAGCGAGAAGGGAUCUUAUCCUGCUCCUGCCCACGUUGAGGGAGGCUGCCACUACUGGGGGUACAUCGAUGGCUUCCCCAGCUCAGCAGUGUCCCUCAGCACCUGCUCGGGGCUCAGGGGCUUGCUGCAGUUUGAGAACGUGAGCUACGGGAUCCAGCCCCUGGGGACCCCCCCUGCGUCCCAGCACGCGCUGUACAGGCUGAGGGACGAGCAGAUGGCAGCAGCCCCCCCUGCCCACGGCCCCCCCAAGGCCAGGCUGCUGAGCUGGGACGUGCUGGACACAGCCCAGCAGGAUGAUGAGCCCCUCUCAGCUGCUGCACAGUCUCCCAAAUACCUCACAGUGUACGUGGUGUUGGACAAGGCCUUGUACAGCUACAUGGGAUCAGACCCAAAUGCUGCGACACAGAAGAUAAUCCAGGCCUUCAAUUUAAUCAACAGUAUGUUUUAUCCCCUUAAUGUCACCAUUGUGCUGUCCUCCCUGGAGCUGUGGGCAGAGGGGGAUAAAGUAUCGACAGCAGGGGACAUACAUGACCUUCUGCAGCGAUUUUUACACUGGAAAGAGUUGUCUCUGGAGCCACAGGCAUACAACAUUGCUUCUCUCUUAGGGUACCGGGAGCGAGGAGCGUUCCUGGGCGCGGCGGCUCCGGGACAGGCGUGCCAGAGAGGGGCUGCGGCCACCGUGGCCCUGUACCACGGGAACGUCACCCUGGAGUCCUUCUCCGUCCUCCUGGCACAGCUGCUGGGCCACAGCCUGGGCAUGAGCCUGGACAGUCCCCAGGGCUGCAGCUGCCCUGGGCGUGUGUGCACCAUGAGCCCCGAGGCGCUACAUUUCAGCGGGGCUAAAGCCUUUAGCAACUGCAGCAUCAGGGCCUUUGAGACCCUCCUGAAGCGGGGCAGAGGUGCGUGCCUGUUCCAGAGCCCCCGCCUGCAGCGCCCGUCCCGCCAGAGCGGCGCCGUCUGCGGCAACCGCGUGGUGGAGGCGGGCGAGCAGUGCGACUGCGGCACGGCCCAGGAAUGCCUCCAGGACAGGUGCUGCACUGACAGGUGCAGACUGAAGCCGAAAGCAAGAUGUGCCUCUGGAUUGUGCUGUAAAAAUUGCCAGUUCAGGCGCAGGAACUCGCUGUGCCGCCCGGCCGCCGACAGCACCUGCGACCUGCCCGAGGUGUGCAGCGGCUCCUCCGCCUCCUGCCCGCCGGACGUGUACCUGCAGGACGGGCAGGACUGCGGCCGCGGCACCGGCUACUGCUACCAGGGCCGCUGCCAGUCCUCGGACCUGCAGUGCAAGCGCUUCUACGGGAGAGACUCAAAGAAUGCUCCCGUGGGCUGUUACGAGGAGAUUAAUGCCCAGCGGGACAGGUUUGGGCACUGCGGGUUCAGGGACGGACACAACUUGCAGCCCUGUGCUUGGAGGGAUCUCAGGUGUGGGAAGCUGAUCUGCACGUACCCAUCCCACAAGCCCUUCUCCGCAGCUGCUGCUGCUGUGAUUUACGCCCAAGUGCGCCAGGACCUGUGCGUGUCUCUGAACUACCUGAACGUCCCAGCCUGGCAGGACCCGCUGCUGGUUCCCCCAGGGACUAAGUGUGGCUCUGGAAGGCUGUGCAUAAACUACACGUGCCACCCUCUGUCGGUGCUGGGGUCCAGCUGUGACAGCAAAACAAAUUGCAACGGCCACGGCGUGUGCAACAACAAGGGCAGCUGCCACUGCCACCCGGGCUGGCAGCCCCCCCACUGCCGAAGGCGAGGGUGGAGGAGGGCCAGCAGCCUGGAGGGAGCCAGGACAUGGACAGGGAGCCAGAGCUGGACCUGGAGCUGGACCUGCAGGCAGACGCAGAGCUGGAGCUGGAGACAGACCCAGAGCUGCAGAUAGAUCCAGACCCAGAGCCAGACCUGGUA